AUUGUCACUGACACAGAAAGGAGGAAAGUGGUACCCUAAUUUCCUCGUGUACCCCCAAACCAUCACAUCCCGGUGCUUUACUAGCCAGCUACAUUUCUUGAAUCUGUCUCCCCCUCCUGUCUCCUCUCCUCGAUUAUUUUCCACUCAGCUGAUCGCAGUUUAAAAUGGCGGCGUUGAGUAACGCCGAGUCCCCACCGCCCGUCUUCAACGGUGACACGAUGGACCGAGACCCGGAGCGGGAGCGGGGACUGGAGGAGCUGGGAGCCUGCCUGGACCCCGCCUGUUCGGUGGGGAUCCCGGAAUGUCCGCAGGACGAGGAGAUCUGGAAUAUCAGACAGAUGAUCAAGCUGACACAGGAGCACUUAGAGGCACUACUGGACAAGUUUGGAGGAGAAUGUAACCCCCCGUCCAUAUACCUGGAGGCCUAUGAGGAGUACACCAGUAAGCUGUGUGUGUUGCUCUCAGAGGAGCAGCAGCUCCUGGAGGCCAUGGGGAACAGGACAGACUUCUACUCCUCCCCCACGCCCCCUUCCCUCCUGGACGGGGGGUUUGAGCUGUUCUGGGGGAUCCGGGGCACCCAGUUCCUUCUCCCCUCCGCCCCCAACACCCUGGCUGUCCUCCAGACCCCUACAGACGGACGGGCCAAUCCCCGCUCCCCUCAGAAACCCAUCGUCAGGGUGUUCCUGCCCAAUAAACAGCGGACCGUGGUGAUCCCAGCCCGCUGUGGCAUGACGGUCAGAGACUCUCUGAAGAAGGCUUUAAUGAUGAGGGGACUAAUCCCUGAAUGCUGUGCUGUCUACAGGAUACAGGAUGGAGAGAAGAAGCCUCUUGGCUGGGACACAGACAUCUCCUGGCUGACAGGGGAGGAGCUACACGUGGAAGUGCUGGAGAACGUUCCUCUGACCACACACAACUUUGUGAGUGAGGAAGACGUUUUUACGUUGGCCUUCUGCGAUUUUUGCCGGAAGCUUCUGUUCCAGGGGUUCCGAUGUCAGACGUGUGGCUAUAAGUUCCACCAGCGUUGCAGUACGGAGGUGCCGCUCAUGUGUGUCAACUACGACCAGCUAGAUUUGUUGCUGGUGUCGAAGUUCUUUGAGCACCACCCCAUCACCCAGGAGGAGGUGUCGUCAGAGGGCACCACCCCCGUGUCCGAGGCCUACCCGUCACUGCCCCCGUCCGACUCCACCGGGUCCCUGCACCACGCCAGCGUGUCCCCGUCCAAGUCCAUCCCUAUCCCCCAGAAUUUCAGGCCCGGAGAAGAGGACCACAGGAACCAGUUUGGACAGAGAGACCGCUCGUCCUCCGCUCCCAACGUCCACAUCAACACCAUCGAACCAGUCAACAUAGACGACUUGAUUCGAGACCAAGGUUUACAGAGAUCAGAAGGAGCCCUCCCAUUGCAGACCCUCCCACCCGCCUGCUGCUUGAGGAAACACCGAACACGGAUCUCAAGCCCCCUCCUAUACUCCUACCCCAAUGACAUAGUCUUUGAUUUUGAGUCCGAGCCUGUGUUCCGAGGGUCGACUGCAGGGCUGUCGGCCACGCCCCCGGCCUCGCUGCCUGGCUCAUUGACCAAUGUGAAGGCUCCUCAGAAGUCUCCGUGUCCACAGAGAGAGAGGAAGUCAUCGUCCUCGUCUGACGACCGCAAUAAGAUGAAAACCCUGGGCAGACGGGACUCUAGUGACGACUGGGAGAUCUCAGAAGGUCAGAUCACCCUGGGUCAGAGGAUAGGCUCUGGGUCCUUUGGGACCGUCUUCAAGGGCAAGUGGCACGGCGACGUGGCGGUGAAGAUGUUGAACGUGACCGCUCCCACACCACAGCAGCUACAUGCCUUUAAGAACGAGGUGGGAGUCCUCCGGAAGACUCGUCACGUCAACAUCCUGCUGUUCAUGGGUUACACCACCAAGCCUCAGCUGGCCAUCGUGACCCAGUGGUGUGAGGGUUCCUCCCUCUACCACCAUCUACACAUCAUAGAGACCAAGUUUGAGAUGAUCAAGCUCAUAGAUAUCGCCCGGCAGACCGCGCAGGGCAUGGAUUACCUUCACGCCAAAUCCAUCAUCCACAGAGACCUGAAGAGCAACAACAUCUUCCUACACGAGGACCUGACCGUGAAGAUAGGAGACUUCGGCCUGGCCACAGUGAAGUCCCGCUGGAGCGGCUCCCACCAGUUUGAACAGCUCUCUGGCUCCAUCCUGUGGAUGGCCCCAGAGGUCAUCCGUCUGCAGGAUAAGAACCCUUACAGCUUCCAGUCCGACGUCUAUGCCUUCGGGAUAGUUCUCUACGAGUUGAUGUCUGGGGCCUUGCCCUACUCCAACAUCAAUAACAGAGACCAGAUAAUCUUCAUGGUGGGUCGGGGAUACCUGUCUCCUGACCUCAGUAAGGUGCGCUCCAACUGUCCUAAAGCCAUGAGGAGGCUGAUGGCUGACUGUAUGAAGAAGAAGAGAGAGGAACGACCCCUAUUCCCUCAGAUCCUGGCGUCCAUUGAGCUGCUGGCGCGUUCUUUACCCAAGAUCCACCGCUCCGCGUCGGAACCCUCACUGAACCGAGCCGGGUUCCAGACGGAGGACUUCAGCCUGUACGCCUGCUCCUCCCCCAAAACCCCGAUACAGGGGGGAUACGGGGAGUUUUCAGCAUUUAAAUAAGAUGCUGAUCCAGAUUCCACCAGUUCAGCCAGUCCGUCCCUCGUCCCUCUUCAACCAAGUCUUGUGUUCCUGCGGUGGAUUACUUCAUCCAUUUUAACCACAAACCAACAUCCUAGUCUC